AUGAAAUCAAAAAAACAACAAAGUCCUGAUAAUUUAAAUUCAUCUGAUGAUGAAAAUUUACCAUCUUGGAUUGAGAAAUUUAAACUUCAAUAUGGAUUGGUUGUUGAUGAAAAGGGAGUAAAAAAAGGAAAUAUCCAACCUAUCCAACUUUUUAGUUUUUCAACAAAUCUAAAAGUUAAUAAAAUUAAUCCAACUGAUUCUAUAAAAACCAGCUUGACAAUCACAAGUUCAUUAUUACAUUCUUAUUUUUUAAAAAGUGAUAUUAAAGUUAUUGAUGAUGAAAUGAUAAAGUUCUUUAGCCAAGAAGUUCCUUUUAUUAAUUUGAAAGUAAAAGAUUCGUGGAAUUUAGAAUCUGAACAAAAUGUAAAGAAUUCAUGCAAUUUAGAAUCUAAACAAAAAGUAGAGGAUCCAUUGAAUUUAGAAUUUAAACAAACAAUCCAUUGUGAGAUCAGUAGUCAACAAAUUGAGUUGACUUUUGAAAAUUUUGUACCAUCAAAUGAAUUAAUUAAAGAUGUGCAUAGGGCUUUAGAUACAGAAAAUCCUUAUCAUGAACUUGAAAUUAUAUUUAAUGAAUAUG